UUGACCUAAUUUAAUUAAAUGUCAGAAAUAGAUCAAUCAUUAUUGACUCCCCUCACAGAAACACAAGAAAGAAACGAACCCUCAAGUCCUUUGUCCAGAUUUAACUCAUCCUCUCCAACCCAGUCAGACCUAAUGGAGUUUUGUCAGUUUGUCUUCAAGGGAGUACCCCUACGUACAGAAAAUUAUGGAAAAACGUGUGCAACCUUAGGAUAUUUGGGUUCAAUUGAUUUAUCCUCCAAUAAUGACAAUUCAAAUCUCGAAAAAGCGAUUCUAUUCACAUUUAGCAGAAGAAAAGUCCAAGAAACAGUCGAAUUGAAGAUUUCUGGCGGAGGCCUUUCGCUGGUCUCCCCCGUUGGGUUUGCUUUGGCAGUAUACCCCACCUCCUGUCUAAUUUCCUUUGCAUAUUUCGGAAUCCAAGUCCGCCAUAUUCUAAUUGCAGUACUCCAUGGAAUUGGGAGUCCCAAAAAACCGAUUGCUCAUCUUUUUUUUGAUACUUUUGAUGAUAAAAAUCCGACUCCUUUUGUGCAUUCGAACAUGUUGGAUCCCCUGACUCGUCUUUUCCCUCAUUCUGACACAGAAAUUGCUGUUUUUUUAAGAAAAAUGGGAUUUAUUAUCCUGGAAUCAUCUCUGGAUGAAUAUUCCGUGACUGAGUCUUCUUUGGUGGAGUCCGCGGACGAAAUGCCUCCGUCUUCGUGGUGUCCCUCAAAGUUCCCGAUUAUGUACAACCGAGAAGCAGUGAGAGGAGUCCGCCUGUUGGAUUCUGAGUCUGCCUCCUGGUCUUGUCCCACCAAUUCUGUGAAAGGGGAAUCAGAACAGUCAUUUCCUGGCCUGAGGACAGUAUUGAGUGAUAAAAGAAUGUGCAAGUUGUUCAAGAACUAUGCAGAAGGGGAGUUCAGUGGGGAAAAUGUCAUGUUUUGGAAGAGGGUUGAGAGAUACAAGAAAAUAGGCAAUCCUGAGAAGGUAAUUUGGCCUGUUCAUUGGUCAGAGGAAGUUUGA